GAGCGGCGCGGGACAGCCCGGACGCGCGGAGACCCCGAGACCCACGCACAGAGCGGCCGGCAGCCGGGGCGGGGAGCGCGGGCCGGCCGACCGAGCUUGCGGGGCGGGGGCGCCGGGACUCCCCUCUCCCCGCCCGGGACGCCGCCCGCCGGAUCGCGCCGUGGGAUGUAGCGCCCGCUCGCCGCCUCCCGGACACUCGUCUGACCCUCCGCCCCGCGGCCCUGCAUCUUCCCAGGUGACCACGCCGGCUUCAGGACAUGCACGGGCACAGCCGCAACGGGCAGGCCCACGUGCCCCGGCGGAAACGCCGCAACCGCUUCGUCAAGAAGAACGGCCAAUGCAACGUCUACUUCGCCAACUUGAGCAACAAGUCGCAGCGCUACAUGGCGGACAUCUUCACCACCUGCGUGGACACGCGCUGGCGCUACAUGCUCAUGAUCUUUUCCGCGGCCUUCCUUGUCUCCUGGCUCUUUUUCGGCCUUCUCUUCUGGUGUAUCGCCUUCUUCCAUGGUGACCUGGAGGCCAGCCCGGCGGCGCCCUCGGCGGGGGGCCCGGCGGGCAGUGGCGGGGCAGCCCCCUCAGCCCCCAAGCCCUGCAUCAUGCACGUGAACGGCUUUCUGGGCGCCUUCCUGUUCUCGGUGGAGACGCAGACGACCAUCGGCUACGGGUUCCGGUGCGUGACGGAGGAGUGCCCGCUGGCGGUCAUCGCGGUGGUGGUCCAGUCCAUCGUGGGCUGCGUCAUCGACUCCUUCAUGAUUGGCACCAUCAUGGCCAAGAUGGCAAGGCCCAAGAAGCGGGCACAGACACUGCUAUUCAGCCACCAUGCGGUCAUCUCGGUGCGUGACGGCAAGCUCUGCCUCAUGUGGCGCGUGGGCAACCUGCGCAAGAGCCACAUCGUGGAGGCCCACGUGCGGGCCCAGCUCAUCAAGCCCUACAUGACCCAGGAGGGCGAGUACCUGCCGCUGGACCAGCGGGACCUCAACGUGGGCUACGACAUCGGCCUGGACCGCAUCUUCCUAGUGUCGCCCAUCAUCAUCGUCCACGAGAUCGACGAGGACAGCCCGCUCUACGGCAUGGGCAAGGAGGAGCUGGAGUCGGAGGACUUUGAGAUCGUGGUCAUCCUUGAGGGAAUGGUGGAGGCCACGGCCAUGACCACCCAGGCCCGCAGCUCCUACCUGGCCAGCGAGAUCCUGUGGGGCCACCGCUUCGAGCCCGUGGUCUUUGAGGAGAAGAGCCACUACAAAGUGGACUACUCACGCUUCCACAAGACCUAUGAGGUGGCAGGCACGCCCUGCUGCUCCGCCCGGGAGCUGCAGGAAAGCAAGAUCACCGUGCUGCCCGCCCCGCCGCCCCCGCCCAGUGCCUUCUGCUAUGAGAACGAGCUGGCCCUCAUGAGCCAGGAGGAAGAAGAGAUGGAGGAGGAGGCGGCAGCCGCCGCUGCGGUGGCCGCGGGCCUGGGCCUGGAGGCGGGCUCCAAGGAGGAGGCGGGCAUCAUCCGAAUGCUUGAGUUUGGCAGCCACCUGGAUCUAGAGCGCAUGCAGGCCACCCUCCCGCUGGACAACAUCUCCUACCGCAGGGAGUCCGCCAUCUGACCUCCAGGCCCAGCCCGAAUCACUGCCCACAUGAGCCUCUGCCGGGGGGUGGGCACCAGGACACCCCCUAGCGCACUAAGGACAGAGCUGACCCUGGCUCCAUGGACCUUCCAGGGGAAGGUGGGGGCAUCAAAGACUGCGAGACCCCUUCCUGCUGACUCCCAGGCCAGGAAGGGCCCACGAUCCCUCAGCCGGGUCAGCCUGGGUUCCCCAGCACCUCCCCACGGCGGCUCUGGGCCCCCAGACCCACCACCCUUUCCCCACCAACUCUUCAAGGACGCUCCCCCUUUACUCUCAGAACUUGGGGAAGGCGGCUGGACUGCUGGGGGGCAUCUUGGGGUUCUGGGGUGGGCAGGGGGUUAGUUUGGGGGAGGGAGGGGUGUGCGUUUCUUUUGCAUGACUGUGGCCUGUUGCUGAUGACUUCCUUUUGUAAAUAUCUAUAAAUGGAGAGAGACAGAGACACCAAA